GCCGGCAGGCGGUUGGAGGCCGCGGCGGCUGCGCGGUGAGCCGCUUCCUGCCGGACGGCCGGAGCUCGCCGGUCGGCUGCGGGAGGCGCGGAGCGUGCGGGUCGGCGUCGGCGGAGGCCUGGUGCGCCCCUCGGGCGGCAAGGAGCCGGUGCCGGGGCUUGAGCCCCCUCGAGAUCAAGAUCAACAAAUAGCUGCACAAAUGAGUGACUGAGGCCACCGAGGAAGAAAUCUGACAUAGUAAUAAGAAUGUAGCUCUUAAGUCCGACAACCCUGUCUGCAUCCAGGAUUCUCCGUUUGUCAACACCACCGUGGUUUCCAUGUAUCACAACAACUGUGACUUUGCAGCUCCUCCCACAAAGAGCAUGCUGACUGAAUGGCAGCUCUCUGUGCUGGUUUUACUUUACAUUUCCCCAAUUUGUAAUGAGGAUGAAAAUCUUUCCAUCGCAGCGGCGAUGCUGACCAGGACGUCAAGGCUCGUCUCCGGGGCCCGGCGGUUGGACCCUGGACGACUUUUGCACGCGGGGUCCCAGGCCCCCCAAAGCCUUGCCGUUCACCUGGACAACCAGGCCCCAGAUGAUAGUCCCAGAGCAGUUUCCCGCACCAGCGAGAAGGACCCGGCCAGGCAUGGGGAGCAGCAUGAAGGUCUCCACUACAACAUCCCCCUCCAGGACAUGAGGACCCUGUUCCCCCACAGCCUGCCUCCUCGCUUUUCCAUGCAGGUGAAAACAUUCAGUGAAGCUUGUCUGAUGGUAAGGAAGCCAGCCCUGGAGCUUCUGCAUUACCUGAAAAACACCAAUUUUGCCCACCCUGCUGUGCGGUAUGUUCUCUAUGGGGAGAAAGGGACAGGAAAAACCCUCAGUCUUUGCCAUGUUAUUCAUUUCUGUGCAAAGCAGGACUGGCUGAUCCUGCACGUUCCGGAUGCUCAUCUCUGGGUGAAGAGCUGCCGGAGUCUUCUGCCCUCCACCUACAACAAGCAGCGUUUGGACCAACCUGCAGAAGCUUCCAUCUGGCUGAAGAAUUUCAAAACUACAAACGAGCGUUUCUUGAGUCAGAUAAAAGUUCAAGAGAAGUAUGUCUGGAAUAAGCGAGAGAGCACGGAGAAAGGCAGCCCUCUGGGAGAGGUGGUGGAACAGGGCAUCAUGCGGGUGAAGAACGCCACGGAUGCAGUCGGGGUUGUUCUCAGAGAGCUCAAGGGUCAGAGUUCUUUGGGCGGGUUUCGCCUCCUGGUGGCAGUGGAUGGAGUCAAUGCUCUCUGGGGAAAGACCACACUGAAAAGAGAAGAUAAAAGCCUGGUGGCCCCCGAGGAGCUUGCGCUCGUGCACAACCUGAGGAAAAUGGUGAAAAACGACUGGCAUGGAGGCACCAUUGUGUUGACUUUGAGCCAGACUGGAUCCCUCUUCAAGCCGCGGAAGGCCUAUCUGCCUCAGGAGCUGCUGGGAAAGGAGGGAUUUGAUGCCUUGGAUCCCUUUAUUCCCAUCCUGGUUUCCAACUACAGCCCGAAGGAGUUUGAAAGUUGUAUUCAGUAUUAUCUGGAGAACAGUUGGCUUCAACAUGAGAAAGCUCACACAGAAGAAGGGAAAAAGGAGCUUCUGUUCCUGAGUAACGCAAACCCCGGACAGCUGGAGCGGCUGUGCGCCCACCUUUGAGCCACGGUCACGGCGCGCGUGGACGACAGUGGACGUUUCCUUUCACAGACCCCGUCGGGUGGGGGGGCCACACGGUCCACGGACAGAGGCCCCUGUGCCGCAGCGGCUCCCCCGUGAAGUGACCAUGUGGCAGUAAGGUGUCCUCCUGUUCCUGAAACUCGUGAGAGCUUAUCAGGGGUGGUUUUCGUAUUGUAAGUAAUUAUGGAUCUGUCCUUAAAAAUAAAUGAUCCUUCUUAAA